ACGCCAACCUUCAUUUCGCCGUCGAGUUCGAGUGUUGCCGUGCGGACAGGAUGAGUCUGGAAGAGCUGAUGGGAAACCUGAGCCUGCGGCCCAACAACCGACACCGAGGUCGGCGCCGACGGGACAGACCUAAACUCUUCAUCCUCCGAGGUCUGCCUGGCUCGGGCAAAUCCACGCUGGCCAGGCAAAUAAGAAAUGAGUUUGGCUCAGCUGAGAUUUUUAGCACGGAUGAUUUUUUCCGAGAUGAAUCUGGCAGGUAUCAUUUUAAAGCAAGAGAGCUGAGGGAGGCCCACGAGUGGAACAAGGAAAGAGCAAAAGAGGCAAUGGAGGAGGGCCUGAACCCAAUCAUCAUUGAUAACACCAACAUUCAUGCUUGGGAGAUGAAGCCUUAUGUUCGCAUGGGUCUAGAUAAUGGAUAUUACAUUAUUUUUAAAGAGCCAGAGACCAGCUGGAAGAAUGACAUUCACAGGCUUCACAGAAAAACUCAAAACGGAGUGCCUUUGGACAAGAUCGCCCGAAUGAAGGAAGACUUUGAGCCGGUGUCGAGCAUUUACGAUGUCCUGGACUCAGAACCACCAUCAAGAUUCAGCUCAUGGCAUUAAAAUAGGAGGCUGAUCUCCCUCGACAGAAAACUCCUAGCACUUCACGACGCAGGCUUUAAGACAAGUGGCAUUUUUAUCGUUCUACAUUUUGAAGACAUUAUUAUUAAACAUGUUCUUUUUAAAAAAACAAAAAUGUUAUUUUAGUACAGAAAUUUUUAUUCUUCUAAAACUUUAAGAUGUUUUUGAAUGUUCUACUUUAAAAAAGAAAAGCAAAGUCAUUAGUUAUUUACACCUUAUAUUAAUAAAUUUUCUAUUUUGCAUUAUUUGACAUAUUACCAAAAAUAUAUUGAGAGGAAAUCCUGGGAAAACAACAACAAGAGCAGCAUUGUAUGAACUGUUAUAAUAAAUAAGAUGAGUGAAAAUGCAAUUUUAUAAAAAAAAACUAACGUAAUUUAAAAAAUGAAGUGAAAGUUUAUAACACCAAAGAGUGGAAUUGUCCAUAAUCUCUCAUAACCUUGAAAAGUUUCACCUGGUUACAAGUAUGAUUAAGAAUUGACAUCAUAUCAUCUAUAUCUGUGUAACUUUGCUUACUUCUCUAAAAAAGUGUCAUCACAAUCACAAUGGACGCCUUUUUGCAGCUGAACUCUGUUCUGGCCGCUUCGGCAGUCUCAGUGGUCUGACUGUCACGUGUUGGCUCUCUUCAUUGAACUCAUUCCUUUUUUUUCUUUGCUGUCAUCACAUGCAGUUUUUGGGUGACCCCAACAGGACAUAUUGGCGAUGUUUGCUUUACCUAGUGACCAAUAUUGCUUGAGCGCCUGCCGGCGUCUCCAUUUGCUUGCUGUUAACGUUGCCUGCAGGUAUUUCAUUCUUCACAUGCUAUCAAAACAGCAAGUCCUCUGUGUUCAUGCACUGAAAUAUGAACAUGUGGCUAAGACAGGUGAUGUCAUUUUUCACUCGGCUGUAAGACGACGAUACCCGACCAGGAAUUUCAAUAUUGUCAGGCUGGCAAUUCCAAUUACUUUUGGUACAAACCUUGUAUGACGUUAUCUCAUAAAUCUAUAACCAAUCAGCUCAGUGUCUUCUCUUUAUGUCCUAGUAAUCGCUAACUUGAUAUCCAAUUAAUUCGUCUCCUGUUUAUCCUGUCUUUAUUUACAGAGCUAAUGAUUUUCCUAUCUUGCAUUUCAACAAACUCUCAUUUAACGGCUUCUUUUCUGUGCCUUGAAUUGGCUUCAAAACGCUGAGUGUGCUGUCACUAAUGCAGUCUUUGAACUGCCGGAGAACACCCGCCAUACAGAAAAGCAACAUGUUAACAAAUACCAGACAGCUUACUCAAAAAGUAAUGAGCUCUGAAAAUACGAAGCUUCUGCGCCUACAAUUCAGGGCAAGUAAAGAAACACGUUAAAGAAAACGAAAACAAGCAAAAGUAACCAACUGGCCUGCCUCACAUUCCAUAAAGUCUUUCCAGGGAGCAGAUUUUUUAAGCUCACAUCCCUAUUAUUGAAAAAUCAGGGAAGCAAGUCGGCUAAAACUGAGGUCUUAGAAUAAGACAAAUGUGAAUCUUUGUAGAGAAGCAAUUUUUUGAAAUGUAAUCACUACUUUCCAUUAAAGUUUUCAUAAGAUGUUUUGUCGUUUUGAUAUUCUGUGAAUUUUUAGCUUAAUAAAGAAAAGAUAAAUGUGAA